AUGCCUACUCCGUCACCUUACCCUUCUAUAGACGUGCCUAAUGUGGAUGUCUGGGCAUUCCUUUUUGAGAGAAAGGACAGGCCUUACCCGGAUGAUCAAGUAAUCUGCCUGGACGCCAACACCAACCGCACCUACACCUAUGGCCAAAUCAAGAGCACGGCCGAGGACUUCGGCAAAGGGCUGAAAGGGCUGUGGGACUGGCAAAAGGGCGACGUGCUCGCCGUCUUCUCCCCCAACUGCAUCGACACGCCCGCCAUCACCUGGGGCUGCCACUGGGCCGGCGGCGUCGUCUCGCCCGCGAACCCCACCUACAGCACCGACGAGCUGGCCUUCCAGCUGCGCAACGCCGGCGCCAAGGCCCUCGUCACCCAGCUGCCGCAGCUCCCCGCCGCGCGCAAGGCCGCCCACGCCGCCGGCCUGCCGCCCGACCGCGUCAUCGUCAUGGGCGACGCCCGGGACCCGACCGGCGCCACGAAGCACUUCACCAGCGUGCGCAACGUCUCGGGCACGGCGCGCUUCCGCCGGACGCGCCUGGUUCCCGCCGAGGACCUGGCGUUUUUGGUCUACUCGAGCGGGACCACGGGCUUGCCCAAGGGCGUGAUGCUGACCCAUCGGAACAUCGUGGCCAAUGUGCUGAUGAACUCGGCGCUCGAGGGCGUCAAUCUCGACUGGCGGGUUGACAAGGUCAUCGCGUUCUUGCCCUUCUUCCAUAUCUACGGCCUCACGUGCCUCGUCCAUCACAGCAUGUACACCGGCGUGCAGCUCGUCGUCAUGGACAAGUUCGACCUGGAGAGGUUCUGCAGCAACGUCCAGACGCACAAGGUGACGUUCGCGUACCUCGUGCCGCCCGUGGUGCUGGCGCUGAGCAAGUCGGCGGUCGUGGACAAGUACGACCUCAGCUCGCUGCGCAUGUCCAACUCGGGCGCGGCGCCGCUGACGCGCGAGAUCGUCGAGGAGCUGUGGAAGAAGCGCCGGCUCAAGGUCAAGCAGGGCUACGGCCUCAGCGAGACGAGCCCGACGACGCACACGCAGGAGUGGCGCGACUGGGACGCCAAGAUCGGCAGCGUGGGCAAGCUGAUGCCGAACCAGGUCGCCAAGUACAUGGACCCCGAGGAGAAGGAGGUGCCCGUCGGCGGCACCGGCGAGCUGUGGAUCAAGGGGCCCAACGUCUUCAAGGGGUACUGGCGGAAUGAAGAGGCGACCCGGAACGCCUUGACUGAGGAUGGCUUUUUCAAGACGGGCGACGUGGGCCACCAGGAUCCCGAGGGCCACUUCUACAUCACCGACAGGGUGAAGGAGCUGAUCAAGUACAAAGGCUUCCAGGUGCCGCCCGCUGAGCUUGAGGGAUUGCUUGUUUCGCACCCCUUGAUUGAGGACGUUGCAGUCAUCGGCAUCUACGACAAAGAGCAGGCGACCGAGGUGCCCCGCGCGUACAUCGUGCCGGCGAAAGGCAGCGAGGCCAGCCCGAAGAUGGAGAAGGAGAUAGUAAGUUGGUUGACCGAGAGGGUCGCGCACCACAAGAGAUUAAGAGGUGGCGUUCGGUUCGUCGAUGUGAUCCCAAAGAGUGUCAGUGGCAAGAUUUUAAGAAGAGUUCUCAAGGCUCAGGCGGCGGAGGAGGAGAAGGGCGGAAAGGCUAAACUCUAA